AUGACUCAAAUCGCAAAGGCUUUUACAAGCUCGUUCCAGUCCGAGAUGCGACAGUAUGUUGAUGCUGUCAAGACCAAAGCGGAUGAUGUCCAGCGCGACAUCGAACUUGUGAAAGCAAAGACCGAUCGACACGAGCAGAAGAUGCAAGAGAAGGAGAGAGAAGAGGCGUCUGAGAAUCGCAGUCUGGUAGUUGCAAGCCUGUCUAAGAACUGGAACCAGUUAAGUAAAGUCAGGAUAGAUUUCAGAAAGUCAUCCACUGAGCGUAAGCAACGGCAAGCACUUGAUGCAUUGAGCACUUAUAAUCGAUACACCACAAGUCUCAAUAGUGCCCGGAACAAACGGCAUCUGCAUACUGCGUCUUGGGUAUUUGAGAAACAGGAAUUCAAAGACUGGUACGCUCUGAAAGAGGCACCCGUUUUGCAUAUCGCAGGCAAGAUUGGCUCUGGAAAGACCAUUCUAUCAUCCUCCAUCAUCGAAUUCAUCAACAACAAGCAAAGUCCAUCCCAAGUCGUCUCUUUUUUCUUCUCCCGCUUCGACGAUUCUGAGAGUCUCCAGUGCGAUACUAUCCUUCGAUCGCUAGUCUUUCAACUUGCCUCACGCCCCUCUCUAACUAAGAUUGUUGGAAGCAAGGACCUGUACAGCGAUUUAGAGUUGGCGAAAGACCAAGACUAUUCCCGCGACUCAUUGAAGAAGCUAUUUUAUCGUUCACUCGGACUGAUUGAAAAGUGGUUCAUAGUCCUUGAUGGCAUCGACGAGUGCGACACAGAGGAGCGGCGGGGACUAUUUGGGUUCCUAUCGGAUCUUCUCGCAAACGAAAGCACAUCUGGAAAAGUCAAAUUACUGCUGUCUUGCAGGGAGACCCUCAACCAUGAUAUCAGAACGUGGUUCACUUCUACUUUACAUAUCGUAACAGGAUCGAAAACAACGAGCCAAGAUAUUUUGACAUACGCUGAAGACAUACUCCGCGAGAAGAUCUCAAAGGGCGAACUCAUCCUGGGCGACAUCAAUCUUGCUGAAGAGAUUCUUCGAUCCAUUUCACUAAAAGAGCAGGGAAUGUUCUUAUGGGCGUUUCUUACCAUUGAAGAUCUAUGCAGUCGAAAAUGUGAUGCGGACAUCAUACAAGCCCUCGAAACCUUGCCGUCUGAGCUCAACGCUACCCUUGAUCGUGCACUUGAUCGAAUACUCCGUCACAAGAAUGCCGAGAUUGCCCAAACUAUUUUUCGCUGGACAGCAGCUGUGCGCGAACCAUUGGAGGUCGAUCAGCUCCAGGAAGCACUAUCAAUAAAAGUCGGGGACAGAGUGAUUGAUCCUCGAUCUCGGAUCAAUGGUAUAGAGAAACUCACACAAUGGUGUGAGAAUCUUGUACGUAUCGACGAGGAAGACAACGCUGUUUGCUUCAGUCACCAUUCGAUCCUUGAAUAUUUGUCCAAAACCGAUUCUGGACCCUGGAAGGACUUUCACAUCGAUCACCAAGAGGCAGAUCAUCACGUUGGUCAAAUUUGUUUGACCUACCUGAAUAUACAAAGCCCUUCCACAGCACUUCAGCAUACAAGAAACGAAAGGCCUAGUGAUCUGUUCCAAAGGAUGAAUCUCUCUGUCAUCACCCAGCAAGUCACGAGGGAGUUCGCUCCAGGUGGCGUCAGGGCAAGAGCUAUCAAACUGAUGGAGUCUGCUACUCAACUGAAAGAAACGACUAAUCCGUCUCGGUUCACCGGCACCCAGGCCGUGGUCGAUGUCAAAUACCCAUUUACGUCCCAUUUCCCUUUUCUUCAGUACGCUGAGAAAUACUGGCAGACUCAUAUUCAAUUCUUGACUCCAGAAUCAGAAUCCUACGGACUUCUUGUUGGCAUGGUGGAAGGUAGCCUUCUCGCCCACAAAAUGCCUUGGAUGGAUAAGAAGUGGCAGUCUUCCGUAAAUGAAGCUAUGAUUACUCUUUUUUCAUUUGAUUUGCACCGUUAUGGAGUGCCAUUCUACACUAUUAUAUAUGGCAACUCGUCUGGAAACCAUGACUUGAUAUGCCAAGUUACUAAAAUCAUCGGACAAAACCUCAAUCUAUCCAAUCAGCUAGAUACAAGAUGGAUUCGAUUCCUGGUAGAAGCCGGGCAUCUUGAAUGUCCUGGAGACUGCGUUGGAAUGGCUCAACAACAUGUUGAUCAUUGUGAUAUCAUCCGCUGUGCAACUCGAUACAUAGCUGAUGGUGUCCCGAAUUGGCCGGCUCUAGUUGUAGAUCCUGAAAGGCCCUGCAAUUGUCCAGAAGACUUCAAGAAAAGGGGUGUUUCUGAGGAUGUGCACUUCGUUCUUGUUGAUGGUUACAAGAGGAACUCUCGUCCUUUACUCCAAAUAUUCACUAGAGCUUGUUCGGGGGUACUCAGAAAGGAAAAGCUGAACCGGCUCAGCCAAGAAUUAAACUUGACAGAACUCGAUCUGUUGAGAGCCAGAACUAUCUCUGAGAAGAGCAUACUUGAUUGCCAUAUCGAGGGCCAACAAUUGAACAUGGAUUAUUUUCCGCUACUUGACAUCCUUGACCGUGAGAAUGUCACAGCGCACGCGCGAGAAAUAGGGUUCGGCUUUGAUGAGUUGCGAGAUCUUCUAAGCAAUGCUAUUAUGUGCGCAUACCGAGAAUCACAAGAUAUUAUCGGAAACAGUUUAUAUACGAUUGUGCAGAAUCUGACUCUUUCCGAAUCCUACCGAGUAACAUACGACCUUUCCAUUUUCGACGUCGCCGAGCAGAGAAUAAGAGAGAAUACACAUCGAUAUAUUCAAGAGUCUAAAGCUAAGUCAUUAGCAAAGUUCUACUUACAGUCUGCGAGUCGCCUUGUGCACUUCCCUAAGGAAAGCGUUGCUACUACCUUCGAGCAAGCAUUAAAGGCUAAGAAUUGGAUAUUGGGAAAGGCAUUGGCGGUUGUGCAGUCAACGUUCCCAGUAGGCUACUUGAGUCCAGAGACGGAUGCUUUUUACGCGUUUCUAAGCUGUCCUCAGUGUACCCUGACGGGACCAUCUAAAAACUGGGAACUGAACCUUUGUCAACCUCAUCAACUGCAAGCCAGGACGUUAUCGCAGUCAUUGGUCAGCCCGGGCAAGGAUUCCGGGCAUGAUUGGUGCAUGGGCCUUCUCAAGCAGCUGGGAAUAAAGGGUAGUUUAACGAGUAACCUAGAUUAUGUCCCGCGGCACAGCUAA